CGGUUCCUCCACCCCAACUAGUUGGUGAGCUAUGUGGAGAAGCCCGCUGAGGACCCGCAGGUCCUGAGAGCUGGUUACAAACCGCAGCGGUCUCCUGGAGCUGCCCACGCGGGCCUGGAGGGAACAUUUUCUUCCUCCAGUUCCAGCGCUGCGUUUUUCCCUCUCUUCCUCCUCUCUUUAUUGCCCUGGCAUUCCUAGAAGGAGCUACUGCCAGCGGUGGGAGGAGCAUAGCACGUGCCUCUACUCCGCGCCUAGGAGAUUAAGGGCUAGGGUGUGCUCGCGCUUCGCGCCUCGGCGUCCCGACCUGGAGGCGUCUUGAUUUAGGCGGGCCUCCUCUCUGCCAGCCGACGGGCUCCUGCGGGUGUGCUCGCUCUGGACCGCUGCAAUCCUGCAGCUUGGGCCCAUCUCUCCGGAGCAUCAUCACCUGUCCGAGGACUGCAUGCUGGUGGGGAGUAUUUAGAGCUUAUUGAAGGAUAUAGAAGAAUAUAACAUAUGCUAAGAGAAACUAGAUUGAUUUGCUCAAUGUUGCAUUCUUCUGAAAUGUUGGAAGAAUUGGUACUAGAGAGAGACUCUACUGAAGAGAAUAAUGACAUAAUUGAUGAAUCAAGAAGUUCCGGGUCAGUACCAGAUACAGUACCCAAAGCUUUGAAAAAAAAGCUAGAAUCCAAACAUGAUCUUGAAUUGGCUGACACCAAAAGCCUUGUGAUGACAUCUUCUUCAAAAAAUUAUUCAGUGACCUUAAGGCAACUAAAUCAACCAAGACUCUCCAGUCAUUUCUGUGACUUGCUGAGAGAGGGAGAAGAAUGCAGAUUUCCAAAUUCUGCUCUGUCUGCUAGUAGUGAGUGCUUCCAGGACCAUUUCAUCGUAAAGGGAGCUGUUUUCAGUCAGGAGGCAGUGGUGGAUCUUUCAAAUCAAGGAUUACAGAAAUUGGGUCAAAAUUUGCCUUGCAAAGCUGAUAUCCUUACUUUAAUUCUUGAUAAAAAUCAGAUUAUCAAAUUGGAAAAUCUUGAGAAAUUCAGAAGAUUGUUGCAGUUAUCAGUAGCUAAUAACCGUCUAGUUCGGAUGAUGGGUGUGGCCACACUAACUCAGCUCCGGGUGCUGAAUUUACCUCAUAACAGCAUUGGCUGUGUGGAGGGGCUACAGGAGCUAGUUUGCUUGGAAUGGCUCAAUUUGGCAGGAAAUAAUCUCAAGGCCACAGACCAAAUUGGUAGCUGUAUAACACUGCAACACCUUGAUUUGUCAGACAAUAACAUUUCUCAAAUAGGUGAUCUUUCUAAAUUGGUAUCCCUGAAGACUUUGCUUCUACGAGGAAACAUCAUAACUUCGCUUAGGGCAGCACCUGUUUAUCUACCUCCCUCAUUGACUGUCCUUUCUUUAGCAGAAAAUGAAAUCUGUGACCUAAAUGAGAUCUCUUUCUUGUCAUCCCUUUCUGAGAUGGAACAGUUAUCAAUAAUGAACAAUCCUUGUGUAAUGGCUAUGCCGUCGGUUCCAGGAUUUGAUUAUCGGCCAUAUGUUGUUAGUUGGUGCCUGAAUCUCAAAGCCCUGGAUGGUUAUGUGAUUUCUCAAAAAGAAAGUUUAAAAGCUGAAUGGCUUUCUAGUCAAGGCAAAGGACAUUCUUAUCAGCCUGGCCAACAUAUUCAGUUGAUCCAGUACCUGGCUUCCACUUGCCCUCUUACUUCUGCAGUGGGCCUCCAAAUUACAGAAGAUGCUAAACUGGAGAAGAUAUUGAACAAGACCAGGUUCCACCAGACGGAGUUGGUGAGCCAAAAUUCAAAGGAAGAAGUCCUUGCCUUCUCCAGUUCCAAAGAAUUAGGGAUACCUCUUGUACCUGAGGAUUUGAGUCCAACUCUAGAACCCCAUAUACUUGUUGAAAGUGGACCUGACAUUCAAAUAAAUUCUUGGGUUGGAGAAAGCAUCACUGUUGAUCAUUCAUAUGCUAUUAAGAAUACCUUCCUUGGCUCCAUACAAACUGAAAAAUAUUCUCUUCAUGAGGUAUUCUUGGAAGAUAUACAGACAGAUGAAGAUAAGCUGAACUGUAGUCUUCUAUCCUCAGAGUCCACUUUUAUGCCUGUUGCCUCAGGGUUUUCUGCAGUAUCUCCUACCAUUGAACUGAUACCACAUGGAUUUAACUUGGACCUAAAAGAUGAUGGUGCUGUGAUUGAAUUUGUGAAUGAAAGAAAAGGAUAUGAUGUGGGUAAUGAUGAAGAAGAGACUUCAACUGAAGCAAAGAUGAAUAAGGUCAAUCCAGAAGAAAAUAAGAAAGAUAGCAUUUUGCUUUGCCCUGAUCUAACAAUACCUAGUUGUGGUUCAACAGAUAAUAUUAGUUAUUAUGAUAUUUCUUCUUUAAAAAGAGAAGGAUACAGUGUGUCCAACCCAGAACUGAGUAAUAAUGAAAUGUUAUCUAAAACCGUUUCAGAAAAAUUCUCCUGCAGAAUUUUAUCUGAAUUAGCUAUGGCUUUGGACCAAGAGACUGAGGCGCUUCAGAAAAUGAAUGAAGCAGCCACCAAACUUCAGGCCUGCUGGAGGGGAUUCUUCACAAGAAAUCAUAUCCUCCAAGCAAAAGAAGCACAAUAUGAAAUUCGGCUGAGCAGAAUGCAAGAGCGCAUUGUCUGCUUAACUGAUGAAAUUCGGAGAUUGAGAAAAGAAAGAGAUGAAGAAUGCAAGCAGAAGCUUGUGCAGCAAGAGACUAUCAAAUUCCUUUGGAAUCAGAUAAGAUCCCUACAAAACUGGCAACUUUCAGUGAACGAGUACCUCAGUUCUGACUGGCAAUAUCAUGUUCCUGUACCAUUCAAGCCUCCAUUAGCCACUCUAAAUCAAGAGCCUUCUUCUGCUGAUCAUUCUGAGUGGUUUAUUUCAGAUGCCAAAGGUCCCCCUGAGGAAGCCUUUCUGCCCUUUCUAGAUUCUGAUUUCCUUUCCUCCCUUACAGAUCCCUUUCAAGUUUCUCAUGAUUUUGAAAUAAAUUCUACAGAAGAAAAUAAGAAUGCUACAGUAGGUAGUUUCAUAGAAACGGUUAGAUUUUAUAAGAAUCCAGAUCCAGAGGAUACUUAUGACCAGCAGGGUGAAUGGAGUAAAGAUAGCUCUAACACUGAACCAGACAAAAGUCUCCUACUGGAGUAUUUAAUGUCAGUUCAGCAGCUUGAUGAUGCUACUGAAAUGACAAGUACCAGUAAUGAAAGGGAAGCUAGUCAGCUUCAUACAGCUUUGCCUCUGGAAAACCCCAGUUCUUUAACAAAUGUUGCUGCUAUAGAUGCAUGCCAUGACAUAGUCACCACCUUGCAAGAUGAAGUCAUUUAGAUAUCUGAGAGGAAUGAACUGAAGCAAAAGUUCUAGUGCCUCCACCAGUCUGUGACCCAGAAUUUCAGAUUUCACAUAUUGGUAUUACUGUAUAGUUUUCAUGGAAAACUAUAUAAUCUACCUGAAUUUCCAUUUUAAAAAUUGUGUUUGGUUUCAUAUAUCUGUGUGUUUGUCCUUCCAUUUCUUUCCUUUUUAUUUCAACAUAUAUGUAUAUUGAAUGUAUAUUUCAUUUCAAUAUAUACAUAUAUAUGUUCAUCUUUAAUUAUUUGGAUUAUAAAUCCCAAACUGAUACUUAAUCUUAAUAAUAUCUUGUUAAUAUUAUACCUUCAAAUACUUUGUUAUUCUAAACAAUAUUUUCCUAAAAGAUAUUUGUAGUUUGUCUUUUGACUGAAAUGCAUCAAGAUAAUUUCUUGUGUGAAAUGGUAUUUCUGUUAUUCUAGAGGAAAUAUAGAAUAUCUUAGAAUUUGUUAAAAAUUUGUAUUGGUUUUAUUUCCUGUAGAACUCCAGUUUUUCUAUCAUUAACAUAUAAAAUAAUGUAAAAAGUGCAGGCAUAUAAAAUGGAAAGAGGUGGCAUAUGCAGGAUGAUGUGCAGAAGAGGAACUUGUGACUAUUGCUGAGCAUCCUACAGGUUUAAGAAAUUGUUUCCUAGCUUUGAUUUUUUUUCCUAACAAGGGACUAAAAGGAUCUUAUUGUAAACAAAAGAAGGAAAGAAAAAAUGUGAUCUUAAAAGCUCUCCCAGCAGGUGGUUAUUGUUUUGAUAAACAUUACUAUAACAUUAUUUUAUGUUUAUAAAAAUUAUUAAACAUUAUUAUUAAAUUAUUGCUUUACAUUUUCAUUGUCAAAAUGCACAAAAGAACAGUAAGCUUUAAUCUGCUAAAUGAAAUAAUUCAUUCAGCUCUAAACCUAGGCUUACUUAAUCAAAAUUAGUAAAAAUGCAAUACUCUUGUUACAUGUCAGAAAGCACAAAGCAUCCUUCUGUUCCUUUAGAAGCUGUGCUAGUGUACAUACUUUAAACCAUUGGCUUCAUUGCUUAUUUAACCUUUGCCCUACUUGUUCCUAUUUAUCUUUGAUUUAUUACUAAAAAGCCCUUAAUCAUUUUUUCCUCCAACUUUGUCCCUCACCUGGGAUAGGUACAUCAAUAUUUAUCACAUAUACUCAUAUUCAUUGCAAAUUUGGGGGUUGAAUUGGGAAACAACUAUAUUUUGAAAAAUGGCUAUAGUUUGGUUAUAAUGAUGUUAACUAACAAAUAUACAGACUUUAAAAUUACCUUUUAAACUCUGAAAACAGUAAUUUCAUAAAAAUGUACAUUGAACCACAAUUUCUGAGAUCCUAAUUUUCAAUUAUUCAGUUUAAGAAAGGCAUACAGCUUUAUUUUGUCUUAUUAAAAAAAUUUUAACCCUAAUAAAGUCAAACAAGAAUAAUUUUCA